UAUAUUUCCACAGUUGAAUCAUAACAUGUGAAUGAAUAAACAUGUUGCCAACACAUUGCAUACAAAACUUAUGAAUUUCUGUAUGCAUAAAAGCGCCAGCUUCACCAAACACCGCAACAAAAAACUCCUGUCAAGAUGUGCGAAUGGGUGCAACUUGCAUUCUUUAUGAGUGUUCAACUCAUUGCAAUUAAAAGUGACUGUAACGAGCCGAUUCGUUUCUAUGACAACAAAUACUGCAGACCGAUUCGGGGCAGCGAUCCACGCAAUCCAUGUCCCGAACAGUUUGAUUGCAGCAAUAUUAAUCCCAACGCCCCGGGGCAGUGUUUCUACGCAGGAGGGUAUUACCAGGCAAAUAUUCACGAAGAAGUCGAUUAUUCCAUUGCGCCAUCUUGCGGAACAAGCAGAUGUCAAUGUCAAAGAGAUUUAGAUUUUGAUUGUUUGGGACCCGAUUGUGAUUAUCUGCCACUGCCAGACUACGAUGAUUGUUAUUAUACAUACAGUUUGGAGCAAUGUUGUGCAACCGGAUACAAUUGCAAAUCUAAUUCAUCAAACACUUUCCGUUGUAAUGUGGAGGGCACGUAUUAUCAUGAAGGAGAAAUUUUUAUCCACCAAACGCAAAAUUGUGUAAAUCUUGUGUUUGUAAUCGCAAUUGGCGUGGGCAGUACGAUGAAUCUGUAUGUAAUAAUAUCCCCUGUGAGAUGGAACUGUGGCACAGUUCGAAAGUGAUGAAUUUCUGCGCGCCGGUUUAUUAUAAUAUCGGAGAUUGUUGUCCAAGUGAUUUUUACUGUCCAACUGCAAGUGAUGAAAGAACAAUGAAAAUCUUCAGAGGCAAACCUAACGAAUUACAUUGUCGUUUCGGCAAGAAUUUACUCCUCAGAAUAGGAACUAAAACAUCAAGAACCUCAACAGUAGAUGGCGACACAACAAUAACAAAAUGUGAAUGUAAAAUUCCGCCAUACAUGACCUGUUAUCGAACAUUCCAAUAAAUAAAUAAUCAAUAUCACACACACAAAA